GCCGGGAGGCGGGUUUUGCCUGACAUUGUUGCGCUCGAGAAAGAGAGACAUGGAGGGGUGUGUGUCUAACCUAACGAUCUGCAACCUGUCUUACAGUGGGAAGCUGGAAGAGUUGAAGGAGAGCAUCCUGGCCGAUAAGUCCCUAGCUACCAGAACCGACCAGGACAGCCGAACUGCAUUGCAUUGGGCAUGUUCAGCGGGACAUACAGAGAUUGUUGAAUUCUUGCUGCAACUCGGUGUGCCAGUGAAUGAUAAAGACGAUGCUGGUUGGUCUCCUCUUCAUAUUGCUGCUUCUGCCGGCCGAGAUGAGAUUGUAAAGGCCCUUCUGGGAAAAGGUGCACGAGUGAAUGCUGUCAAUCAGAAUGGCUGUACUCCUCUACAUUAUGCAGCUUCCAAAAACAGGCUUGAGAUUGCUGUCAUGUUACUAGAAGGUGGGGCUAAUCCAAAUGCUAAGGACCAUUAUGAGGCUACAGCAAUGCACCGGGCAGCAGCCAAGGGUAACUUGAAGAUAAUUCAUAUCCUUCUCUACUACCAAGCAUCCACAAACAUCCAAGACAUUGAGGGUAAUACUCCUCUACACUUAGCCUGUGAUGAGGAGAGAGUGGAAGAAGCAAAACUCCUGGCAUCCCACGGAGCAAGUAUUUACAUUGAAAAUAAAGAAGAAAAGACACCCCUGCAAGUGGCCAAAGGUGGCUUAGGUUUAAUACUCAAGAGAAUGGUAGAAGGUUAAAGUAGCUUGGAUUUAUUCCUACUUUGUCUGUUUUGUUGUCCCCAAUGUCCUGGAAACUAAUGUACUUGUGCACAAGGCAUCAUCUGCAAAGGAUGAAGUUUUCUUACUUUCAUAAUCUUACUAACAUGUUAUAUUGUUCCUGCUGAGAUACUUGUUUUAAACUUGUACUACAACCUGCUUUCCAGGCAUUGAAUAAUAGUUGAGAUUGUUCUGUUGCCAUCACAUAUUGUUUUUCUGUUAUUGAGUUUUGGUUAAUUUUAAGUGAUUGUGUGGCUGUUGUGAAUCUCCAGCACCUUCCUGUAUACCUUCUCUCUCCCUCUGAAGCAGAACAACCCAAGUAGCACCAGGCAGAUCCUGUCAGGUGCUUCUGGGUGGGUUCUGUAUCUUCAUAUAGUUGAAACAUAUCCUAACUUGUUUUUCAACCUCACUCAGUGACCUAUACCAAAUAUUUCCUUUUUUCCAACUGUAAGGCUUCACUUAUUAUAUAAAUAAAUACAUGUAUUUAGUGAACAAAUUUUAAGUUGGACAUAUGCUCUAAAAUACCAGUACAGUAUCCUCUGUACCCAUGUGUCUCUUUGAUGAGCUAUUUUCCUCCACAAGAUAUUUUGUUUGUAAAAAGGCAAUCGUAAAAUACUUAUGUUGACUCAACUUGUAUUGAAAAGAAUGUUAGGAUUGUUAAACUGAUUUUAACAAAAAUGUUUUUUGAAUUUAUACUUGAGAAUUUUAAAAUAUUAAAACAAUUGCCCACUUAUUUUUUUUCAACUCAUACAUUCACUUAAGCCUUAAAAUUCUAAGUAAAGACAUUUCUCAGUUGUGGGUAGCUCCAAAGUCAGUAAAAUUAUUGAACCUUGAACUGCAACUAGAAUCUUUGAAAUAGUAGCCUUCUGAAUUGCUAACUAAAUGCAGAACAAAAGAAAAUUAAGAAGUGCAAACUUGGGCUCAAUUUAGGGAAGCAUCUUAAAUUAUUAUUAGUUAUAAAAUCUAAUAUACUCAAAGUGAUUCUUCAAAUUAUUUUUUAAUUUGAAUUUUAAGCUGCAAAUGUUGCUUGAAACAAGUAAUUCAAAUGAGCCCACAAACUAGUAUUAAUCUGAGGUCAAAAACUUGAUGACCAGUAACUAAAAUGAGUUUUGUAAAUUGUUUGUAAACAAAAUUGUUUACAUAAAUUUGUUUUUGCAGUUCUGCAGAUUGAAAGCAGGGAUGUUAGGCAAGUGCACUACCAUUAAGAUAUACUCCCUGCCCAGGGAACCAUCUCCUUAUGGAACAAAAAUAUUUCUUUAUUCAAUGCUGGAGAUAGGUGGUAGGGGAAAUAAUUUAUUUCCAAUAUUUUUAAUGUGAGUAAACAGUCAAGUUUUAUCUAAUAGGAUCUGUUAAGACUAACAUCCUUUAUAGAAAAUCACAUCUUCUUUAUCCAGUUUCCAACUGAUGGGCAAAUGGGCUGUUUCCAAGUUUUAGCUAUUACAA